AUGACGAUAAUGACGAGCGCUUCUCAAAUUCUCGUCUGGGGUCUGUUGGCUGCCUCUGGCGCCCAAGCCCAGAACUAUGGCGGUGGCUCUUCUCGGAGUGACGAUGCGUUCAGCUAUGUCCAGCCAAAGAACACAACCAUCCUGGGUGCUUAUGGGCAUUCUCCAGCCGUCUAUCCCUCACCCAACACAACUGGUAGUGGUGGAUGGGAGACAGCUCUUGCUCAAGCGCAGGACUUCGUUGCUCAGUUGACCCUUGAGGAGAAGGCAAACAUGGUUACUGGGCAGCCCGGGCCAUGCGUGGGCAACAUAAUUGCCAUCCCUCGGCUCAACUUCAGCGGUCUUUGCUUGCAGGACGGUCCGCUGGCCAUCCGCGUGACAGACAUGGCCAGCGUCUUCAGUGCUGGUGUCACCGCCGCAGCCUCCUGGGAUAGGAAGAUUCUAUAUGAACGCGGUUAUGCCAUGGGCCAGGAGUUCAAAGCCAAGGGUGCUCACGUCGCCCUCGGUCCCGUCGCUGGACCGCUGGGACGCUCUGCAUACUCAGGCCGAAACUGGGAAGGCUUCGCUGCCGACCCGUAUCUCACCGGUGUCGCCAUGGAGGAAACUAUUCAGGGUUACCAGGAUGCGGGUGUUCAGGCAUGCCCAAAACACUUCAUUGGCAACGAGCAGGAGACGAUGCGUAACCCCACCUUCAAUGACAGUGCACCAUUGGGAACUGUCAUCCAAGAAGCCGUCUCUUCCAACAUUGACGACCGAACCAUGCAUGAGCUUUACUUGUGGCCGUUUGCUAACGCGGUCCACGCAAAGGCAGCCAGUAUCAUGUGCUCCUACCAGCGUAUCAACGGCUCCUAUGGAUGCGAGAACUCCAAGACACUCAACGGACUGCUGAAAGGUGAGCUCGGCUUCCAGGGCUAUGUCAUGUCCGAUUGGGGUGCUACCCACUCCGGUGUCGCUGGUAUCAAGAGCGGACAGGAUAUGGACAUGCCUGGUGGUCUCGGUGCGUACGGCCAGACCUUUAUAAACCGCUCUUUCUUCGGCGGAAAUGUGACAGCCGCGGUGAACAACGGCACUCUAGAAGAAUCUCGCAUAGAUGAUAUGAUUCUCCGUAUCAUGACCCCCUACUUCUGGCUUGGUCAGGACCAGGACUACCCUACGGUCGACCCGUCAACUGCCGACUACAACACUUUCUCUCCCCGCAACACCUGGUACCAAGACUUUAACCUCACUGGCGAGCGGAGCCGUGAUGUUCGUGGUAACCAUGCUGCGCUCAUCCGCAAACAGGCAGCUGAAGCGACUGUUCUGCUCAAGAACAAGAACAACGCUCUUCCUCUGAAAGCGCCCAAAACUCUCGCUGUGUUCGGUAACGACGCGAGUGACAUAACCAACGGACCGUACAAUGAUGCAACCUAUGAGUACGGAACCCUCGCUGCCGGCGGUGGCUCGGGAACUGGUCGCUUCACCUAUCUCGUCUCGCCAUUGACGGCUAUCAAUGCCCGUGCCCAGAAGGACAACACCAGCCUCGUGCAGUUCUGGCUCAACAACACACAAAUAGCGACUUCCGACGUCCAGGCUGAUCUUCUGCGCGUUCCUACCCCUCCAACUGCCUGCCUUGUUUUUGUCAAGACCUGGGCAGAGGAGGGCGCAGACCGCGAACACCUGAGACUCGAUUAUAAUGGCACCGAGGUGGUCGAAGCCGUCGCCGCAGCUUGCAACAACACCAUAGUCGUCACCCACUCCUCCGGAAUCAAUGAGCUUCCCUUCGCCAACCACCCCAACGUCACUGCCAUCCUAGCCGCCCAUUUCCCCGGCCAAGAAUCCGGAAAUUCUAUCGUCGAUGUCCUGUACGGCGACGUCAACCCCUCCGGACGUCUUCCAUACACCAUUGCCCGCAACGGCAGUGAUUACAACGCUCCUCCUACCACUGCUGUGACCACUAGCGGCCGUGAGGACUGGCAGUCCUGGUUCGAUGAAAAACUCGAGAUCGAUUACCGCUACUUUGACGCACACAACAUCCCCGUGUUGUACGAGUUCGGUUUCGGUCUGUCAUAUACGACCUUUAACAUUUCCGAUAUCUACGCUACCCGCGUUGUCGACUCCAUCACCUCAGCCCCGGAGGACAGAGCUAUUCAACCGGGAGGUAACCCCGAGCUCUGGGAGACUAUCUAUAACGUCACUGUGUCUGUCACUAAUACCGGAGACGUCGAGGGUGCCACCGUGCCUCAAUUGUACGUCACCUUCCCUGACAGCACGCCUGAGGGCACCCCGCCUAAGCAGCUCCGUGGCUUCGACAAGGUUUCUCUGCAACCUGGCGAGUCGACUAAGGUGAUAUUUGAGCUGAUGCGGAGGGACUUGAGCUACUGGGACACUGUGUCUCAGCAAUGGCUGAUUCCCGAGGGCGAUUUCACUAUUCGAGUCGGAUUCAGCAGCAGGAACCUCAAGGAGGUUACGACGAUUACUCCUGUGUCAGAAUAG